CUCCCAUUUCGUAAAGCGGUUGUAACGGCUGAAACCGUGGGUGUGCGCGGGAGCCUACCAGCCAGCCCAGCCAAGCCCUAUCUCAUAGAUCCCCCAAAUCGAUUACUACCCGCACAUCGGUAACCCACUUGCCUCCUACAUCACCUACCUCCCACGCCAAGCGCCCCAGAGCUCGACGACCACCUUGGGAGAUGGCACAAGAAUAUGAAAAUAGCACUACAAACAUGCCUAGGAACGCCAACACAUUAUGCAUCGAAGCAUGUAGGGCCGACGAUGUAUCGCUGAUGGAACAGGCUUUAGCAAUGGCCGCUGAACCUAACUCGAGAUUUACAGCUCAGCAAGUCGCGCAACUGGGCCUUAGCCGCUCAGCGAGCAGGAGAGCGGUUCACGUGCUUAAAUAUCUAGUCGACCACCUUCACGACGCUGAUAUCGCAGCACUGACUCCGGGACAAAUUACGACCAAUGAGGAUAUGGGCAAACCUUCGCUAGAGGUCCUUGAGAUCCUUGUUGCUCACGGAUGGGAUAUCAAUACACCCGGUGUUGGUUCGACGUUGCUUUGGGAUGUCGUAACAUAUCACGAUCUUGUUAAAUGGUGCUUGGAUCACGGCGCUAAAGUUGACAUUCCCGACUACCAGCCUGAAGUCAUCGGUAAUGUGACGAGGCGCAAUCAUAUGCCACGCCCGACAAUUCUCGGCGCGGCGGCGUCGCAGGGCAGUAUCGAGACAUUGGAGCUACUAGCAGAGCACAUGGCUCCCUUGGACCCACGGACACUGCACCUUGCAGUCGAGCGGGCCACCAUCUUAGCACCGAGGGAGGGUGAGGAGCCCAGCCCAUCCUAUACAGAGCGUCUAGACAUGAUACGCCAUCUUAUAGAUGUCGCCGGGCUUGAUGUCAAUGCCAGAGAACCCAAGGUUGGCAGCACAUGCAACACGGCACUCUGCAUCGCGGUUGGACGUCUCAACCAUCAAAAUUUCCAAGAGCUGGUGGACGUCUUAAUGGAUCGCGGCGCGGAUCCAAAUCUGAAUUGUAAGACGCAGGAAGAUGCACCAGGUUGGCCGAGUGCCAUGGUUUGCGCUGAGACUCAUGGCACUAAGAAGUUCUUGCAAGCCGCAAUGGACCGGCAGGCAGAGAAGCAGGGCGAGAAGAGGGGCGAUACAGAUUGACAUAACGACAACAAGCUGCGUGGUGGUGAAUUGAGGUUGGUACAUUUUGCUUGAUAUUGCGUUGUGCACGAAAAUACCAUUGCAGCUUCGAUUUUUGAAUAUAAAAGGGUCAACAUGCUACUAGGGACUACGAUCGAGAUAUAUUUUACUCCAAAUCCUCCUUUCAGUCCCUCUCCCCUCUUUCUCCUUCCGCCGGUAUUCUACCUAUCAUUAUCACCCGAAGCCAUCCUCACAAACUCCAUUCCCCAUCUCCAAACGUUG